GGCGAGAGCCUGAGCGCAUGUCCGCGGAGCCUACUGGAGAGACAAUGUGCUAAGCUGGAGGCAAUGGGCAUGGGUGCGCUGGCUGGCGGUGAGUCUUUCCCAAGCAACGCCGUUGGCUAUCUCGGGCCUGACUUUCCCAUUCAGUGCCCUGCCAUGUCCAUUGAGAGAGACUGGCUAAUCAGAUACUGCUGUACUAUCAGCCGAGUACGAGUUCUUCACGUUCCGAGCACCACAAGCGGCUUCUGCUGCGCCAAGGCUGAGCGAACGCAACUCGAGCACGACCGCAACCUUUCUACAAGAGAAUCCUGUCAACAGCCUACCAAGCCUGGAAGAAGGCAUGUUUGGCUAUUCGCUGACACGACCGGUACACAACAAGGACUGGUACUACGACAUCUUCUCCAGCUGUAAAGCUUUCAGAUGCGACAUUGAAGGCUGGCACACCGAGUCUGGCCCCGGAGUCUACGAGGCGGCACUCGAGUAUGGUGAGAUCAAGCAAAUGGCAGACAGAGCCGCACUGUUCAAGCUUGCGGUCAAGAGUACGAGUAGUACGUACGGCAUCACCCCGUGCUUCAUGGCUAAGCCAAGGGAGGGUUUGCCGGGUAACAGCGGGCAUAUACAUGUCUCGCUGACAGACACGAAGACGGGCAAGAACCUCCUUGCGCGGGAGAAGCCUGAUCCGAACCCGCCAUACGAGGAUCUGCGGCAUAUAAGCGACCUGGGCCGACACUUCCUAGCUGGCGUACUCGAUGGAUUAGCGGACGUCAUGCCCAUCGUAGCACCAACGAUCAAUAGCUACAAACGUCUGGUGGAGAACUUCUGGGCACCGGUCACUGUGUCCUGGGGUCUUGAACAUCGCGCUGCAUCUAUACGGCUGAUUGCGCCUCCGACAGCCCCGGCGAAGGGUACGCGACUAGAAGUCAGAGUGGCCGGUGCCGAUGCAAAUCCAUAUCUCGUCAUGUCUGCCAUACUAGCGCUUGGUUUGCGAGGCAUCGAGAAGAAACUGUCUAUUCCAGUCAAACCCCUCGGCAAGGGGGAGGAAGUAGGGACUGCUGGAGACGGCGGAGCGAGGCUUGCCAAGAGUUUGAAGGAGGCGACGGCGCGGUUCAACAGGAAUGGUAGUGUGGCCAGGGAAGUGUUUGGCGAUGACUUCGUCGAGCAUUUUGCGGGGACGAGAGAGCACGAAAUCAGGUUGUGGGAUGAGGCGGUGACGGACUGGGAGGUGAAACGGUACAUCGAGACGGUCUAGAGUUUGUCGCGUUCUAAGUCCUACCGCAUCACAAUCGGCUGGCUUUUUGGCGUUGAAUCGCCGCUAAACGCUUGACGCACGCCGUCGUCGCCACCAUGCGGAAAAGAGAUUGGCCGGAAAGACUCCA